GUCUCAGCUUUAUUAAUGCCUGGAACCUGAAACUGCUCCUUGGCCAGAGGGCGGUUGGCAGCGCUCAGCGACUGUGUAGCCAAGAGCCGUCUUAGGCCUGAGCUGCGGCCUGUGCGGGAGGCGCGGCCGGUCACCUUGGAGCAGCUUCCCAGGAUAAACCAUGUCUUCUGCUGUGAUUGCCAAGCCUGUGAUGCGAGGCCUAUUGGCCAAACGUCUACGAUUUCACUUGGCUGUGGCUUUUACUUUAGCUUUUGCAGCAGCUGGUACCUUCAAGUUUGUAGUAGGUGAUUCCAGGAAAAAAGCAUAUGCUGACUUCUAUAAGAAGUAUGAUUCAAUGAAGGCUUUUGAGGCCAUGAGGGAUGCUGGUAUAUUUGAAAGUGUGAAACCAAAGAAGUAGAGUCUUUCAAAGGAACCUUGGAAUGAAUGACAAGAUUGCUCCACUGACUUACACUGGGGAACUGGAGAUGUAUGCUUUGUGCAUUCUAUACCUGAUUUAUAAAUAAAAUAUUGAAUUCUCUGACCUGGAA